GAGACAGUUGUAACCAUGUGGACUAUGCGAGUGAGGCCUCCAUUGUUGGUUCCUCGAGCUUCCAUCGCUAUUUUUAUUCAAAGCUUCUCUUGCCGCCAUGGCUUCAACUCAUCAACUGUUUACACGACUGAAAACGAAAGCCAAGAUUUCCUCUAUCCGGCAACAUUCUAUUCGAGGAGGAAAAAGAGGUGUUGAAAUUAUUUUUUUUAAAAAAAUCACAAUGAAACCUACAAAACCUCGAUCAGAGGACGACGAGAAGAAUCUGAACCAGAAACCGCGUAAUUCGCUCGCCGAUCGAACGGGUUGGCUUCUUUCUGAUCCUCCAACUGCAGCCUACGCUAAUCCAUGAAAACGCCAUCUCAACGGCUUCAUAUUUGAAUAUAGAGACACUUGCUAUUGGCCCUUUUCAAGUCGCUAUCACGAGCUGGCUCUAUCUCGCUUUUGGGGAAGUUCUUAUUUUCCUUACCGCUAUUGUGGAGAUAUGUUCAAUCAUAACUUUUUGGUCGAACAAACACUCCUUUUCGGGUUUUUGAUCUCUAACUUAUAGUUUCAAGUGUCGUGAUUCUUCUGAGGAUAUCAGAUUCCACGGGCUUGAAGAGCCUCCAGUUACUCUUAUGGGAAGACAGAGUUGAAACAUCUUGGAAAGAAUUAUUUAACGGCAAAAAGAGUAGCCUGUCUCUAGUUGUGGUUUUUGAUUCUUUUUGAAUUUGAGAAUUUCGAAGGUUAACCUCUGCGUAUGAUUCUUUUCUAAGACCAGCAUUUAGAUAUAGAAUCUUGGCCUCUUUCAGUUUCAGUCUUGAAAUGAUCCAAAGAUUGGAGUAGAUAUUGUUAUAAAGAUGGAAGGAAGGGGGGUAUCCGAAUUGUAUAGAAACACAAGUGAAGAGCUAUUUCUUAAAUCUUGGGUGGAAAACUCAAUCGGAAUGUCGACACCAACCAUGGAGAUGAUGGGAUUUAAGAAUCUUUCUCAGGGCUUCCGUACAGAUAGUGAGGAACUCUUCAAAAGCUGGCUAACAAAUGGAGAGAAUUUUAACAACUCAUCAGGCCCAGCUUAUCGCACUCGACAGGCGUCAAGAAGGAUUUCCUCUGAGAUUGUUGACCUGUCUAGUCCUCAGCAUGUGGGAAAGCAUCAAAAAAGAAUAAGCAAUGAUAUUUUACAUCCACAAAAUGCUUCCGUGGCUGAUGAUGUUUCAGGAGUCGAUCAACAAGCAUUCAGGAAUAUUGUUGAAAGUGAAGUGCCAGGUAGUAACCUAUAUCUUGCUAAGGCGUGGUUUCAUAGUUCUCAACCUAUGACAAGAAGUAGAUCAUCUGAGCUAAGGAGGAGGUAUGCUGCAACGCAAGGCAUCCAAAGCCCAUUCGGUAUUGAGUCCAUGUAUGACUUGUCGGGGCAUGGAGUCAACUCGAUGAAACAAGAUGUUGCAAAUUCACACAGUUUCGGUAACCUUUCCACUCGUGAGGUUCCCAACCAGCCUGUAACAUUUGCAUCCCCAUCCAAUUCAUCGUCAUCAAUGUUCAAUGCUCCUAACAAGUAUGAUGUAGAUAAAAUUUCUUCUGUUGUGAACAUGCUAAAGGGCACAUUAGAACGAAAGAAGCUAAGUAACCAGAUUGAUAAAGAGAUGCUGGAGGACAGUACAAACGCACAUUUUUUCGCUCAUGAAAAUAUUGGCAACCUUAGUUUCAAUAGAAGUAGUGACAAUUAUAUACAUCAAAUACCAAACACUCUUCAGGAAUUAUCUCCUGUUCAAGUCGAGGAUUAUAGAAUCUUACAAACGGUUGAGGAAUCAGCAGAUCUUGGUUUCGAAGCUUUUGUUAAUCCCAUAAAUCCUAUUCAGUUGGGCAGAGUUUCUCAAGAACCUUCUCAAAGUGAAUCUUCUGCUGCAGCAGCAGUGGUUUCAUCUGGGUUUGAGGCAUGUGAUGGUCCUAGCAACUCAACUCAAACUCAUAGCAAUGGUGAGAGCUCAAGGAAACAAGUUGGAGGUAGUCGGAAUUUGGAAAAUGGAUCUCGAUCUAAAGAUUUCAGAGAAAGAAUAAUAGACAAUUUAAAAGACGAUAGAAAGAGGGGGCACCUAGUUCGUUAUGGGUCUGUAACAUCAGCUGCUUCAGUGGACAAAGGGGAUCCCACAAAAAAGCGUCGGGUGGAGCGAUCACGAAAAAUGGCUGAGGCAAAGGAGAGAAAUAUGACACCAACUAUUCCAUCAGAUAUGCAAUCAGUUCUGAAGCGUUGUGAGAAUCUUGAGAAGGAAGUGCGGUCACUAAAACUCAAUCUGUCCUUUAUGAAUAGGAAGGAUUCUGAGCAGACAAAGCAGCUAGAGGAUCUUCAGAAGCAGAAUGAGGACUUGACAUAUGAAAAAGAACGCCUACUAGAAGAGAUUGAGAGGAUUCUCUCAGAAACUGGCAGAAUUUAAGAGCUAUAUUGAUACUUAGUUGUCGAUAGACUCGAUAUGCUAGACUUCUCGUGUAUCAUAUAUUUGACCCUCCCUCCACUCAAAUUGUGUCAAGCCAUAAGUAAAACUUCAAGAAGACUCGUCUUAACAACGAUUUGCAUUGGUAGUUUUGGGAGUUAAAAACUCCUUGUACCUGUAACUCUCAGAAAGUUCACAAACAUUGGUUAUUUGCUUCUUGAUGUACGAAUGUCCAAAACAUUCAGCGACCAGAGACAAGUAUAGACUGAUGAGUGUAUAUGAUUUCGAUCAGCUGGCAUACUGUAAAGCUAACGAUCAGCUGUAUUUUCUAAGUCAAUAGUUUCUGUUUGGCAUACAUUUAGAAAUGAAAACUGAUAUUAUUUGAAAA